GUGUCCGGGCUCCGCCUGCGCAGCGGCAGCCUGCGGAGGAAAGGCUUCUCCGACUAUUUCGAGUUCAGCAUCCCCCCUGGCGUCAUCGUGCAGCCGUACGUCGAGAGGGUGGUGCUCGUGUACCACAAUUUGGGCGAGCUGUCGGAGAAGUACUACCCGCUCCCCGGCUACACCUACCUCUCGCCCAUUCUCGGCCUGCUGGUCUACGACGCUGCCAACUUGUCAGCAGCGGGGUUGUCCGAGCUGAGCAUCGUCGCGUCAGGGAGCCCCAUUUCUGUGAGUUUCAGCAAUGUGAGGGCGGUGCCCCCAGGCAGUCCAGCGCCGCAGUGUGUCUGGUUUGAUCUGGAUGGCGUGCCACAGUUCCGGGGCUUGGAGGCAAACAACGUGUGUGCAACGUAUCGCCGAGGGCACUUCUCCAUAGUGGUGAACUCCAGUGAGGUUGCUCCUGCUCCAGGGCCUUCAGGCGCAAUUGCCCCACCGAUACCGACUAAUGGUGGUCGUGAUAAGGGUAGUUCGGACGCAUGGAAGAUUGCUGUCGGCGUUGUUGGGGGCGUCAUUGCAUUGGGUCUGUUGGCUUUGCUUCUGGUAUGUUUCGUCAGAUAUAAAAGGGAAAAGAAGAUGGAGGUGAUGGAACGAAAUGCAGAGGUCGGGGAGACUUUGCGCAUGGCGCAGGUUGGGCGGUCGCAAGCGCCUGUAGCGUUGGGAACACGAACAAAACCUGUGAUUGAGAGCGAGUAUGUUGUGUAGUUGAUCUUUGGUGUUCUGCAGAAUUCAGGCAACAGCAGCAAUGCUCUAUGAUGAUGCCCUGAGAUGUGGAAUUGUCCACCGGUCAGUUGAGGCAGAACGCAUUCCAUGUCAGUGAGGGUGCUGUGAAUUGCUAGGUUUAGGGUUCAGCCGCUGCUCCUUGCGGGUAGCAAAUUCUUUUGGCGGUUCUUAUUAGGACUUGAAUUGUUCUGCAAUGGUUGCUGUUGAUGUUCAUAGUCGCCAUGUUCCUUGUUGGGUUCAUCUGCAAGCAAGCAAUGGAGAAGAGAUAUUUGUCAUGCCAGAUUUGGAAUCCUUCGAUUAUUUUUUCAUUGUUGUAUUCAGAAGGAAAAUGGGCCUGGCAAUAAGGCUGAGGUAAUAUUCAUUGCACAUGCCAUUGUGCUGUUCCAGUGAAAUUCAUACAGGUUCCAACUCAAUUCCAUUUUGGUGCCUUUUAGCUUCUCCUGUUUGGACAAAUGUUUAAUACAAUGUAAAUGUUUACUCAUUUAGUUUGGUUUGGUAACUAAUCUGCUUAUUUAGAUUUC